UAUUUUUAACAGAAAUUUGAAGAAUAUGAAGCAAGCUUUGAAAUAAACGUGUGACCAGCGCAAAUAAGAGAAACCAAAACAAAACAAGUUUGGAGCAUAGACAAAAUGGACCCUGUGGCUGCGACCUCUCCUAUUCUCCUCUCAAAGGAGCAGCUCAUCCAAAUACUAAGUGAAACGCCGCCGGGAUUCAUAAAGCCCACGGAUCCCCCACCGCUCACAAUUCCGCCCUUCAAGAAACUCGGCGUUCUGGUGGAAUUGGAUGAUAUUUUGGAUGCCAAAGAUGCCCCGGCAAAGGGCAGCGGGAACAGGACUAAAGAGCAGACCUACAGCUGCGCUCAGUGCCGGCGGAUGUUGCCCACUGCCCACUUACUGGAUUUGCACAUCACCGAAACCCACGAUUUCUACUUUGCCGCCAGCGUGGAUCGCGGGGACAAGCCCAUGUACUCUUGCUUCCUGGAGGAAUGCUCCACCAAGUUCCAUACUGCCCGACAGCGCAAGGAUCACUGCAUCACAGUGCACAAGUUUCCGGCCAACUACCGAUUCGAUCAGGGCAAGGACAAGGCCAAAGAGAAGCGGCCAUCCAAGAGCCAGACCAAUUCCAUGGAGGUGGACGAGGUGGUGGUGCCCGCCGCUGCAAACAAAGCUUUUCCCUUUAUCAAGGCCUUCAGCUUUGGCCACCAAACACACCGAACCUUCUACACAAAAGCCAAGGAGCAGAGAUGCGGGGAAACCCUCGAGGAUGUUCAGUCCAUGAAGGAUGCCAUUAACGAUAUCCUCGACUAGAUUUACACAACUAUUUAUUUUGCGAAUGAAGCAGCAUUAUCGUUAUCAUUAUACAUUAACUUGUUAGCGGAAACAUCGAAGAUCAUUUUGCCUUGGAGAUUGGCCUGAAAAUAAUAAAAAUUGAUUGAUUAUUGUUGA